GCUUCCAAAGUGAAAAAGGCUCAAGGAGCUUCUCCUUGUGAAGGUGAUACGGUCUUCGGAAAGAUCAUUCGAAAAGAAAUACCUGCUGAGCUCCUUUAUGAAGAUGAUCUCUGUGUCGCCUUCGACGAUGACUCGCCCCAGGCACCGACCCACUUUUUAGUUGUCCCGAAGAAACCAAUUGCAAAACUUUCUAAAGCCGCUGAAAAAGAUAAGAAAGUUCUUGGCCACUUACUUCUGGUGGCGAAAAAGGUUGCUGCAAUCAAGAAGUUAACAAGAGGCUACCGAGUUGUAAUCAACAACGGUCCUGAAGGCUGUCAAUCUAUCUACCACCUGCAUGUUCAUGUUCUUGGUGGAACACAAUUCGAAUGGACUAUCUCCUAA